CGCUCAGGGCUCAAGCGGCGGCGGGCACUGGCUGCAUCAUCGCGCGCCGCGUCCUCGAGCUGUCGUAGUGAAUGCCGCGAGCCCGUCUGCCUCGCCGCUUGUGCCGUUGCGGUCUUGUGUUUUCUUGUGCGUAGUCGCAUGCGUCAGGGCUAUUCACGUGGGCCAGUUGUCUUAUUCCUCUAGAGUCUAGCACUGUAGUGCUUCAACUAGGCGGUCGCCGCCCACGAUGCUCUGUCUGUAAACGCUUCAAUCACACAGUAGCAACUUCUCUUCGCCCUUCUCCGCCCAUUUCGCCGUGCAUGUUGUGCUGCCAUUAAACCCUCCAUUCUGUCAUCCAUAGUAUACGCCACACUAUUGCUCCCCACCGCGCACAGCAGCUAUGGCGCCCGGCAAGACGGCGCCGCGGCUACUCCAGGACCUCUUCACAUACGAUCCGCGACACGAAGAACGGGCCGGCCGGAACUUGUUGACAAGUGCCCCGCCGCAACACGACAGCAAAGCCCCAGCAGUCGCCGCCGUACCCUACAGGAACUGCCGCCACAACCUCUUCACCAAGCCUGAGCAGUCGCUGUUGCCGGUUGCGGGCGAAGAAGCAACCUCGAAUACCAUAUACAAGGUCGCCUCAUACUGUAUCAAGUGUCGCUGGCAUGUCGAUGUGCGUGUCGACCACCGCACCGAUGCUACCAAGAUCAAGUCGUGUGGGAAGGGAAACGAGGACUAUGCCUUGCACCACUUCCUCUACGAAGGAGAAGACAACUCGAAUGGUACCGGCGGAAUCGAGGCUCAGCUGCGCCCGCGCACCUACACUUUCCGCUGCACUGCGCCGGAGUGCUCAGUCAGGGUACGCAUUGGCAUGAAGCCGCCAUGCUUCUCGGAGCAGGACAUCGUCACUUUGACCGACCAGGCCCAGCUCAGGAGACGAUGGGAAGCAGCGAAACAGAUCGCCGGUGACCGGGCGGAUGCAAACAUGGCGCGGAAGGUCGAUGCUCCUGAUUACCUGAAUACAUACCUGCAAGAUUCGUUGAAGCCAGCGAAGGGCAAGGCGCGCAUCCCAUUGCUGAACAAGAAGUUUCUCAAGACCUUCGGUAGGGACUGUGACUCGAUAUUACGGCGUCUGGGCUUCGAGAACCGCCAGGAAGAGGAAGAGGAUACCAUCGUAGAAGUCUGGUAUCUUCCUAGGCCUGACGAAGCCGCAUCUCCUCUCGAAUCGACGCUGCGCAACAAAAUCGAGGACGCUCGCUACGAGCUGAAUACAUUGAUACUUGGCAUGCCGGAGAAUGAACGAGUGGGUUGCAGACACCAACCGAUGUAUCCUACGCCGUCACGAGGCGACAUGGAGAGAGCGUUGGCAUGCGAGGAUUACGCUAAGGCGAAGGGACGGGAGACACGCAGUACAAAUCACGAAGAAGAUCACCCUUACUACGCUAGUCUAGGUGCCGUUGGCGACUUCGACGACGCUUUAAUCCUCUUCGCCUUCUCUCGACAAGGCGCUGUCGAUAUCGAAAAUAAGGCCUACUACUUCGAAUGCUUGCAGGAUCUCGCUGCUGGUCGCCAAAGUGAGAUGCUUGGGAUGCAGGUUGCUAUGUUGGCCUCACAGGGUCUCACUAGCAAACGGGAUACCGAGCGUGCCUACCAGUACUUUGGGAUUGAUCCAACCCACGCAAACGUGAUAGGCGACGAUCAUAUCAUAGGAUGUUUCCGGUCGCGGCUAGCCGAUGUCAGCGUUAUACAAGCUGAGGAGGCACGAAAGCAACUGCGAGUUCUUGGAGACGUGCGUGACAGCGACAGAAUACGGUCAGAGGCUUCUGGGUCUAUCGAGACGUAUGAGCAGGCCAUGGCGUUCUUCGAUCUCGAGCUUGGUGUAGCCGACGAUUUCAUCCCGACCAUGUAUUCGUUAAAGACUCAGGACAGUCCCGCAAGCAUAGAAACUGCAAGGAAAGCCCUGGAUAUCAUAGCGGAUGCGCGCAACAGCGAACGACUGCGUCAGUUCGCCAAGUUCGGAGCCAUGAGCGAGCCUGAAAUGGACCUCGGUGAAGCCUACGCCCUCUUCCAGCAACCAGACAGAACCAUCAAGCUCGAACUUGCAGUUUUAGGCUCUUUAGUCAGCACCUACGACAUUGGCUCCAGCGAACGAGCCCGGAUGGAGACAGCGUAUAAACUUAUCCAGAACGACCAGUCACAGAGGUUUGGCGACAACCAUGUCAACCCCUCCGAAGUCAAAAGGAACAAAUACCCACUCGAUUCAUGGCCGGUUGGGCUUCGCAACAUCGGCAACACAUGUUAUCUCAACAGCGUUCUCCAAUUCCUGUUCACCAUCAAGCCCUUGAGAGAUCUCAUUCUCGAUUGCGAGAAAUACCUACAAGAUUCUUCUCCAGAAAGUCUAAAGAACAAAAAGGUUGGGCGCAUGUAUGUUACUGCCGAGAGGGUUUUGACGGCGCAGAAGUUCGUUCGGGAGUUGCGGACUUUGUUUGAGCGCAUGAUCACCGCAUCCACAGAGACGGUACAGCCUGCUAUAGACCUCGCUUCACUCGCACUAUGCAAAUCAGACAAUCCCGCAGAUCCAGUGGAGUCACCAUCAGUAAACACUACCGAUGGCGCAGGCUUGGGCACGAUUGAUGGAGCUGCGGUUAGUGGACCGAUGCUUCCACCUGCUGCGAUGCAGUCCGCUCCUGCAGAAGCUCCAGCCGGCUCAGCCGUAACUGGCGACAGCAUAAGUUCUACAGAUUCAGUUAUGGAGAAUGCUGAUGCGGCGCCGAUUACACCUGCUGAUUCUGUCAUGAACGACGACAUUGCAGUAGACAAGAGCGAUGGCAAUGUACCUGCCCCACCAACACGACCUCCGCCAAUCCCGCCACGGGCAGACCCUAAACCCGCCAUCAAGCCUACUGUUCAAUCAAGUUCGAAAAUUGGUAGGAUCGAGGAGAGCGCUCGACAACAGGAUGCAGCAGAAGUCAUGUCGAACAUAUUCGAUCUCAUUUCUUGCGCCAUAACAGGUGACAGCAUUCUUCGCGAAGGUGAGCAAGGAGACGCCAUCAAGAACCUGUUCUUCGGCGACGUCACCACAGUAAUGGAAAAGUCAGACGGCGUACAGAAGGUUCAAGAGCUUCGAGACCAUUUCCUUGUCGCCACUGGACAACGAGACCGCUCACUCUAUGCUACCCUGGACGAAGACUUCGGUCUGGGUGAGAUAGAGGGUGGUAGCGGUAUGCGAUACGAUUACGUUGAAAAGGCUGCGCCCAUCCAGAUCAUAAACGUGAAGCGGCUACAGUUCAAGGAGGGCAAGCCUGUAUACGACCACUCGCACAUCGGCCUGGAGAAAACAAUGUAUCUGGAUCGUUACUUGGCGAGAACACCGACACUAAGCGAAGUGCAGCUGCUCGAGCUUCGCAAAGCGCAAUGGGCAAAACAGAAAGAGUUGCGAGAGCUAGAUGCAAAGAGAACAAAGCUACAGACAACAGGCGUUGAAGGCUUGGACCUUCCUGAAUGUCUAGAGGCAACAAGCGACUUUGUCAACGGUCUUGCCACGGAGCAGUCAGAGCAUGAACAGCCGAAUUCGUCUCAGGGCUUCCUCCCGACUCCACCUCCUGAACUCUCUGACACCCUCCACACCCGUGCCGCCGGCCUCGCUGCCGAUCUGUCAGGCAUAGACGACCAGAUGACAUUGCUUGAAUCCGAAAUCAACACAGUCUUCAAAGAUUGCAACUCCGUGCCCUACCGUCUCCAUGCCGUCUUCACCCACCGCGGCGACGUUAGAAGUGGUCACUACUGGAUUUACAUUUACGACUUCCAUAAGGAUGAGUGGAGAGUCUACAACGACGAGACUGUAGAUCGGGUCGAGCAGGAGAGCGUAGUACUCGACAAGGAGGAAGCACACCGCCCAAAGGUCAGCACAGGUGUUGUGUACAUAAGAGCCGAUCUUGUGGACGACUAUACCGAGGCCGUGUGCCGCCAGCCCGAGAAGGCCGAGGAGGAUACGCAGAAGGAUAUCGAGAUGAAGGAUGUUGCUCUUGACGACGAUCCCGAUGAUGAGAUGCCCGCAUUGGAGCCGGUAGACUUGAAGGACGUCCCUGUCAUCGAUGGAGUGGAGAAGGAGUAAGGUCUCUUCUAUUCCGAGCCCAUGCUCCUGUCUUCUUCUUUCCAGGCUACUGGUUGCUGAUCAGUAUUGUCUUCUUAGCACUAAUUCUCCGGCAAAGAGAAAGGGGGUGCGUUUGGAGUCUCCGCCCAAGAGGGGCAAAAGCUAUCAAGGCUUUGGACAGGCCGAUCAAUCGGAUGUGGGUCCGCGAUGUGCAAGCC